GCCCCGUGCGGCCCGGGCAUGCCCAGUGUGGGCGCAGCCCCGGCUCUGGGAGCGCCGGGGCGGAGCGGGCAGCCCUGCGCUGAGUGGGCGAGCGGAGCCUCGGUGGGCCAGCGCCCGGGCCGGAGCCGCGGCGGUAGGGCUGCGGGGCCCUUCAUGAUGAGAGGUUUGGGGGCACUUCCCUCUCUGUAUAAUUAAUUGGUAGUCUGGGCAGUGAAGAGAUGGCUGACAGUGUCAAAACCUUUCUGCAGGAUCUUGGCAGGGGAAUCAAAGACUCCAUCUGGGGCAUCUGUACCAUCUCAAAGCUAGAUGCUCGGAUCCAGCAGAAGAGAGAGGAGCAGCGUCGAAGAAGGGCAAGUAGUGUCUUGGCCCAGAGGAGAGCCCAGAGUGUAGAGCGGAAGCAAGAGAGUGAGCCACGUAUUGUUAGUAGAAUUUUCCAGUGUUGUGCUUGGAAUGGUGGAGUAUUCUGGUUCAGUCUCCUCUUGUUUUAUCGAGUGUUUAUUCCUGUGCUUCAAUCAGUAACAGCCCGCAUUAUUGGUGACCCAUCACUACAUGGAGACGUUUGGUCAUGGCUGGAAUUCUUCCUCACUUCAAUUUUCAGUGCUCUUUGGGUGCUCCCCCUGUUUGUGCUUAGCAAAGUUGUGAAUGCCAUUUGGUUCCAAGAUAUAGCUGACUUGGCAUUUGAGGUAUCAGGGAGGAAACCUCAUCCAUUCCCCAGUGUCAGCAAAAUAAUUGCUGAUAUGCUCUUCAACCUUUUGCUGCAGGCACUUUUCCUUAUUCAGGGGAUGUUUGUGAGUCUCUUCCCAAUCCAUCUUGUGGGUCAGCUGGUUAGUCUGCUGCAUAUGUCUCUUCUCUACUCACUAUAUUGCUUUGAGUACCGUUGGUUCAAUAAAGGAAUUGAAAUGCACCAGCGAUUGUCAAACAUAGAGCGGAAUUGGCCUUACUACUUUGGAUUUGGCUUGCCCCUGGCUUUCCUCACAGCAAUGCAAUCCUCCUACAUCAUCAGUGGCUGCCUAUUUUCAAUCCUGUUUCCUUUAUUCAUCAUCAGCGCCAAUGAAGCAAAGACUCCUGGAAAAGCAUAUCUUUUCCAGUUGCGCCUCUUCUCCUUGGUGGUCUUUUUAAGCAACAGACUUUUCCACAAGACAGUCUACCUGCAGUCAGCCCUAAGCAGCUCAACAUCUGCAGAGAAAUUCCCUUCGCCACAUCCUUCUCCUGCCAAACUGAAAGCUGCUACAGGCCACUGAGUCCUGCUGUCAAAAGGGAUGGGUGGGACUGGGUGGAGGAUACGGCAGCUCUUUGUUUUCGUCCUCCUGCCAUGGAAGGCAGGACCCACUGCCAAGGGCCCUCUGCAUAUUCCCUUCUCUUUGAUGAAUUGGAAUCUUCCUGACUCCAGUAUGUGGAUUUUUACUACCACCCUAGGUCUGAAAGGACCAGAGUUUUCCAGCUGUUUUUUAGCAUUUGCCAGCUCCUGUGCCUGAACUGAUUUGAGUAAUUCCCCCCCCCCCUUCCCUGUGUCAUUCUCCUUCCCACUUCCUCCUGCCUUCCAGCACCCUGGAUGAAUGGGCUUUGUAAUUUUAACUUGUAUUUUGUGAAUUUGUUGUUACUGUUUUUCUGUGAAGCACAUAACAUUGGAUGUGGGAGGUGAAGGAGCAUUCCAGUUGCUCCAGGUCACUCCCUCUACAGCCAUCACUGUCUUGUUUUCUUGUAACUCAGGUUAGGUUUUGCUCUGCUGCAGAAAAGGAAAGAACGGGGAAAAAAGGAGCCUGAAGAGAUGGGACAGAUUGACCUCAGCCAAAGUGGCUGGGUUUUGAGGGAGUCAUUUUCUUUCUUCCCCUUGAAGGGGAAACAGCUUUUUUUCACUGGUACAUUUAAAGUUCCCCAAUGGGGUGGUGCCAGUUCUGGACAAGUGCCACUGUGUCACAGAAUGCUAAGAGGAUCUGAACUUAUUAACUCUGAAGAUGAAAUUUACUGUUGGCCACUGCCAGGUCCGACUGGUGUUUUAAGGAAUAAUGGGUGCUUCAUAUAGGAACUGAAGGGGUAUACUUAUUAAACCAUUCGACCUGUGAUUGGUGAUGUUUUCCUGUCAUUUUAAGAGUCUAAAUAUGGGGUGGGAGGGCAGAUGUAAAAGAAAAAAACAAAAAAGAACUUGCACAGUUUUAAAUUAUCACAAUUAAACAUGAGCUGGUUUCCCAAAAAAA